CACGAAAGGAUCAACAAAUCACUGGGGAAUCCAGCAGCUGACGGUGUUCAGAAAGUCGAUCUUCCAGCCCAGCAUGAGUCCGCACGAGGUGAUCGGCACGGUGCCGGGGAACUCUACCACCUUCCGGACACAGGCCGAUGAGCACGACGACCAUGAGGAAGCCCUACAGAAUCUAAGGACUGGCAAAUAUGAGGACUGGCCCAACGAAGCUGCUUUCGAUGGCCUCACCGAGGAACGAGGGCCGAUCAAAAUCGCCGUGACAGGCAACAUCCCGACAUGGGCUGCCGGCUCGCUUUACCGCACCGGUCCCGGUUUGUACAAGAUCGACACGGACGCCGGCACAACCUUCGAGAUGAGCCAUUGGUUCGAUGGACUGGCUCAUACCCAUCGCUUCGACAUUAUUCCAAACGAAGAAGGGUCCGUUGACAUCUUCUAUUCGUCACGUCGCCAAGCCGAAGAAAUGAUGGACGUAAUCAAGAAGCAGGGAACCUGGCCGUAUUAUAGCUUCGGUCAGAAGGCUGAUCCCUGCCUCGGGUUCUUUGCCAAGGCCAUGGCUGCGUUCAAGGGACUGAGAGAGCCGCCGGGGGAGAAGUGGCACAACAACAUCAACGUCGCCGUGCAUGUCAACCCUCCUGGACUUGAGGCUGUCAGAAACAUUGUUGGGACAAGGAAACCAGCCGGGGCGGAGAACGAUGCCAAUGUGCUGGGUCAUAGGCCUGAGUUGCCCAAGUCGAUAUGGGUCAGCACCGACAACAGCACCAUGAAGCAGAUUGACCCCCAAACACUGGAGCCAAUCGGCUGGGCAACCCAAGACGUCCUUCACCCCGAGUUGACGGGCGCCAUGUCCUGUGCUCAUGCCCAGAGGGACCCUGAGACAGGUGAUUUCUUCAACUUUAACCUAGAAUUUGGACCGAAGCCCACCUAUCGAGUCUUCCGUGUCGACGCGUCUAGUGGGAAGACGGAAAUCCUGGCCACCAUCCGCGAGCCCUCGGUUUCACCUGCCUACAUACACAGCUUGUUCCUUUCACCCAGCUUCGUCAUCCUCUGUAUCCCAACCUCACACUUUGGCCUCAGCGGCACUCAGAUCCCCUGGGAACGAAACCUCGUCGAUGCAAUCAAGCCCUAUGACCCAAGCAGGAAGACCCAAUGGAUUGUCAUCGACAGAAAACACAGCAAAGGCGUAGUGGCCCGCUUCGAGACUGACGGCCGUUUCUUCUUCCACACUGUCAACUCCUUUGAAGAAAAGGCGGCCUCUGAUUCAUCCGACAUCAACCUCUAUUGUGACGUCAUCGAUUUCGGCUCCCAUGAGUUCAUCCACUCCCUCUACCUCGACGUGAUCCUCAAUAGAGACUCCGCAGCCAAGAAGUUUUACGAAGACGAACAACGCGCCCGCAACUCCCUCGCUCACCUAACGCGCUACCACUUUAUCAUCAACCCUGACUCACCCGCCACCAAUCUGCCUGUCACCCCCACCCCAGACCCCAAGAACCAUGAAGCCUUCCGCAUCCCUGCCCCGCACGCGGGCGAGAUCCCAACCAUCAACCCCCUUUACGCCACCAGAAAGCACCGCUAUGUCUACAGUUUACCCUUCCGAGGCCGCGGCACUAUCACCGAUGCCAUUGUCAAGACCGAUACGGUGACGCGAGAGGCGCUCUUCUGGGAUAACCCCAAGGGGCACACACCAGGUGAAGCCAUCUUCGUUCCAAGGCCGGGGGGAGAAGAGGAAGAUGAUGGUGUGUUGCUGAGCUUGGUGCUGGAUGGAGAGAAGGGUAAGAGCUAUCUGCUCUGCUUGGAUGCAAAGACGAUGGCGGAAAUGGGAAGAGCGGAGGUGGACUUUGCAAUUGCUUUGGGUUUUCAUGGGGCGCAUGUGCCGUCGGGUAGGACAUUGACGAGGGUUGAGGGCCCUGAGUACUAAAUAUGCCUAUAGGAUGAGGGCUCACUGUCUCGGUUCUAUUGAUGUGGGCGGUGAUCUGGUGUGUGUUUCUAUCUGUAUAUACUUUGUAUGAAUCAUGCCUGGUAGGAAUGGGAAAAGUCAAAGAUCGGUUAGUUUGGUACACGCAUCUCUUGUUU